UGCGCUCUUAAAGCCUGAGUCGGGGUCGCCCAGCGCCCCGCGCUACGACUACUGGGAACGAAGACUUCGAGUCGGACGCCAUUUGCAGUAUAGUGGCCUCCGCGGCACGAGUCUUCUGCCGGUGCUACGAUCCAGUAUGCCACAACAAGGCGAUGUGAACAGGGCCACUCCAGUGGUGCGCGACGGCGGCUACGCGCCAGAGAAGGGAUUCAAGACUGAGAGACCGAUGACGCAAGACCGUGAGGACCAGUGUCAGCUGAACGAGAAACAACGCAAAGCAGCUGAACACGAUCUUGUCCAAUCUUGGAUGGCGGGGCUACAGCUCAUCAGUGUUAUUACGACCUUCUUUGCGACUAUGGAGGCAACAUUGCUAGGUUCCGUUACACCGACUCGAGAUCAGCCGACAACCCAUCUGCAGAUUGCUGCAUGUACCGUACUAGCCGGUGCAUUCACUGUACAUUUGAGCGCAGCAAUCCUCGCCUUCCUCGCCUCGUUCUUCCUCAUAGGCUACCGCGUCAAGGAAGCCACAGAAGAGGAGUGGCAAGCAGAAGCAAGGCCCUCACUAGAAUCGGGGCGCUCGUCGAACAUGCUACGCGGGGGCCAUUGGACGACCAGUCCACACUUGGAGCAAUGCGGACCUUUCCGCUCUGCCAGUGGCCCGCCGACGCACCUAUUGAAGCACUGCCAUACCUUGUGCAUGUGGUUCUCUAUCACAGGUUUCCUACUUGCGAUAGCCGGGGGACUAUGCUAUUCCUGGGCGCGCUUGCCGCAGAGCGCCAGCAUCGUCGCUUCGGUUUCCCUGGGAGCAUGUUGGACUGCCGGUGCUGGUGCAGUAGCCUUGGUCUUGUAGAUCGUGGAAUGUUUUACGAGUUUCAUGCCCGAGCAAUGAUGCAAUGACCUUCGAUGUAACCUGAAUCUCCCGCUCGUCACAGUGCGAAACUAGCCAUAUAAUUCAGGUAUGUUACAUUGAGAGUACACGUGGACUGCGGAAGGAGUGGGAUGAUACUUGGGCUCGAGAGAACUGCGCAGGUAGAGCC